AUGAAACUGCUAAAGUUCCUCCAUUAUCAACGCUAUCUGGGCCUCUCAAACUUGGAUUACUCCCAACACCAACAGAGAUAUACGCUUCAUGGCACCUGCGUUUCCUACGGGCUGCAGUUCGUUGUGGCAGUGAUAUUUGUGUCUGCUUUUGUGUCAGCAUUGGCUGAAUCCGUGAACUACAUGCAAACGAAUUCGUUGACGGGAAACAUCUACGAUCACGCGGUGAUACUGACUGUUUCGGUUACCCAACUCCUGGCCAAUCUGUGGUUCCGUGCGCACCAACAAGCCCAAGUGACUCUCCUGCGUCGACUCUCCAAGGUGAUGCGGCUUCUAAAAGUGAGCACUCUCGCCUUGGGACAGCCUCGAUGGGUGUACCGCCUGUGGGUUGCGGUGUGCCUUUGGUACGCCAUGAUGAUCGGGUCAUUUGGCUCCAACAUUUGGCUCUCCGGCAUGAAGCUCUCCCAUAUCCUAACUCUCCUGGCCUUUGCUUUGCGUUUGUUGUGCGCCAAUUUUCAGUUCACUUUGUACAGCAGCAUGGUGUGUGUCCUGCAGAGACUCCUAGCUGUUCAGGGGGAACUUCUGCAGGUGCUCCUGGGGGAUCCAUCUGGCAUCUCUCGAGGAGCCCUGGCUCGGUGUCUGCGGCUCCACGAUGAGAUAUUGAUGCUGUCCCAAGGGGAAUUCGUGCAAGUGUACGGCGGCGUGCUGCUGUUCCUCUUUUUGUACCAAGUCAUGGAAUGCGUUUUGAUAGCCUAUGUGAGCACCUUGGAGGGCUUUCGUUCGAUGCAGGAGCUGGCAAGGAUUGUCUGUUGGAUCUCGCCAAUGCUCGUCUACCUCAUCCUCCCAUUGAUGAUUAACGAUUUGUCCAAUCAGGUGAGUCCUUGGGGGGCUACGCUUCCCUGACUGACAGUCUAUUGACUUUGCGGCUUUCAGGAAAUCAAAACAGUCCAAAGAAAACACAAUUUGGGUAAUGUUAGGUAAUGUUAGGGUCU